AAUAAAACCUCUUUCCUGAGUAAAUGUUUUCAAAAUUAAAAAAAAAACAAAAAAUUCUGUCACAUUUAGAAAAAAUUUCAGUGUUAUAAAAUUUAUAAAAAAAUUAGUCUUUAUAUUAUCGUAUUUUUUUGCGAAGAAUAUAAAUAACAUAUAUUUAUGCUGACACUUAAUAAUUCGGACUAAUGCCUGUGAAAUAUGCUUGCCUGGGUUGCCAGGGUCCCAUGGCCGGUCCCUGUGGCCCUCUUUCAUAUCGUGUCGGGUGCGGUGAAGGACCGUGCUGUGUACACGCAAUAGGCGCCAACUGCAGAGGUCCUUGUGGAGAGAUCGGCUGUAUACAUGGCGCCCGCGGCGGCGUAGCAGGCUCGUACUUCAGCUGCGGGCAUGGCUGUAUCGGCGGCUGCACCGGCGGGCUCUGCGCUAGCUGCUGCGGCCCGUCGUGCGGCUAGUGUGCGGUCAGCGACAAAUUAUACUGUGCAAUAACGUCUAUACUGAUCAUGUAUCUAAUUUUACUGUGCAAUAAAGUCUAUACU